AUGGCGGCGCAUCUCUCCCUGGGAAUCCGGUUUCAUCCGACGGACGAUGAGUGCAUGUCCUAUCUCCUCCACGCAGUCACCGGCGAUCCUAUUCCCGGCAUCUCCUCCACCGCCGAUCUAUUCGGAGAGAAGGAGCCGUGGGAGUUCUUUUCCGGCGAGGAGAUCCAAGAGCGCUACUUCUACACACGGCUAAAGAGGGUCAGCAAGAACAACAACAACAACAGCAGCAAGUCUACUUUGUCCAAGGUUGGCAGUUAUCAUCGUUAUUGUCGUAACAUCGGAAAAGGCACAUGGUCCAACAAGGGCCAGAAGAUCCCUAUCCAUGGGGACAGGGGCUCUCUGUUGGGCCACAAGAGGUCGUUUCGGUACGAGUCGAGGAAAGGUGGCUCGGUCGGUGAGUGGACGCUGAAGGAGUACUCUCUUCCCGACCACAAGUUGGGACAUGUGAAGCCGGAGUUUAAGGACUACGUGCUUUGCCUUCUGAAGAGGAGAAAGGAAAAGAAUAAGAAGAAGAAUGGACAUGAUUCGGUGCCGGCCGUGGAAGCAGAUUUGCCCUACUUGCUUUCGACUUUGGUUAAUCGUCGUGAGACAGAGACGUCGACCGAACAACAACAACUCGACGAUCACGCGCAAGGUGGGUCGUCUGAUUUGGUAGAUCAAUCACAAAUUUAUAGUGAUAAUUAUCUUAGGCAGAAUUCUGGUCCGGUACAUGGGGAUUUGGCUUACUCGUUGUCGACUCCCGGUGAUCAGUCGUCACAUACUCGACAACUCGACGAUCACGUGCAAGGAGGGUCGUCGGAUAUGGUAGAUGAAUCACUAAUUUAUUGUGAUAAUUAUCUUAGACAGAAUUCUGAUCCGGUACAAGGGGAUUUGGCUUACUUGAUGUCGGCUUUGGGUGAUCAGUCGUCACAUACACGACAUCACGUGCAAGAAGGGUCGUCUGAUUUAGUAGAUGAAUCACAAAUUUGUUGUGAUGAUUAUCUUAUACAGAAUUCUGGUCCGAUACAAGGGGAUUUGGCUUACUCGCUGUCGGCUUUGGGUGAUCAGUCAUCACAUACACGACAACUCGACGAUCACGUGCAAGGAGGGUCGUCUGAUUUAGUAGACGAAUCACAAAUUUGUUGUGAUGAUUAUCUUAGACAGAAUUCUGGUCCGAUACAAGGGGAUUUGGCUUACUCGCCGUCGGCUUUGGGUGAUCAGUCGUCACAUACACGACAACUCCAAGGGUAUUUUGGGCAUGCGGAUUUGUCCUAUUUGAUGUCGACUUUGGGCGAUCAAACGCAACUUUGUUGUGACGUUAACAUGCAAGCAAGCAAUAACGAUUGGAUGACGUCGUCAAAUGUUGGUUUGCUUGAUGACACUGAUUUCGGAGCUCUCGACCAUUGGCUUCGGCAUUGUGCUGCUGCUUGA